AUGGGCUCUCUGGCGCCUGCGGCUGGAAUUGAAAACAGCAAGGAGGAGAUCAAUGUUCUGGUAACAGGCUUCGGUGUGCGCUGUCCAUCAAAGAAGUUCUCAAGUCAUGGAGCUUGGCUGACCUGCCUACCUCAGCCCUUUGGAGAGAACACCACCAAUCCAGCCUACCAAAUCGCAAGGAGCUUGCCCACCGAACAAAAGAUACCCGGCCUCCCUCUGAUCAUCCUUCACAUUCAUUCGGAGCCGAUCAUCGUUAGUUACGCUCAUGUCCGAGAGAUCAUUCCAGAGCUCCUCUUCCCUAAGAAUGGCUUGAAGCCUAAACAUGACAUCGUUCUCAACAUCGGUCUGGCGCCAGGCCGGAACUUUUAUACGCUGGAGACCCUCGCCCAUAGGGAUGGUUACAACAAGAAAGACGUUGAUGGCAAGACCUUGGAGGGAGACACGUUUUGGCGGAUAGAGUACAAAGCACCAGAGAGACUACACACCAGUUUUGACACUGAAGAUGUGUGGAGGCGGUGGAAAUCAAGCCUCGUGAAUGAGGAUCUUCGGCCCUCCAAUAAUGCUGGGCAUUACCUUUGUGACUUCACGUAUUAUGCCUGUAUGUUUGAGUAUUGGCGGAGGGAGCACGGGGGACAGCGACCGUGUAUGUUUCUACACGUUCCAAGUGGGCUGGAAGAGGAGGAUAUCGGAAGGGGCAGAGAGGUGGCUUUGGGACUGAUUGCUGCACUUGUGAGCAGCGAGAUGGCAGGAGACAAGAGCAAGAGAGUCGAAGAUGGUAUGGAAGAAAAUGAGUGGGACCGUGCUGCUGACUAUGAAUGUAGUUAA